AUGCUAUCCACUGCCCAGCCGACUCUGAUUCCCUUUACGGAACCCUCCACGCUUCCUGUCACGACGCAGACCAUUGCCUAUAAACCACUACACCCGACAUUUGCGGCCGAAGCAAGUGGUGUUGAUUUUAACAGCGUUACGCGAGAGGUGGUGGACGAGAUCAAGGCUGGACUGGCCAAGACAGGUCUCGAUGACGAGCGGCAUGUGGCAAUGUCCCACAUGUUCGGUGACCUGGAUGACGUUGCACCAUAUGUAACCGGUCUCGGUCAAAUUAACCGCUUGUCGUCAGACUAUCUCUUCGACGUCUCGAAUGUGAACCCAGACGGUACAAUCACCCAGCCCGACAGCAUGCGUGCACUUCUUCUCCGCUGCAACCUCCAUUUCCAUGCCGACUCGGCUUUCAACCCACGACGCGCUGGUGUAUCGCUUCUUCUUGCACAUGAACUCCCGCCUCCUGGAACAGGCGGCGACACCGAAUUUGCCGACACGCGCACUGCCUACGAUGACCUACCCGACGCCAAGAAGGACAAGAUCAAGGACUAUGUUGUCAUGAACUCGCAGCUCCAGUGUCGCCGGAACGCAAACAAGGGUAACCCUCUGUUUAACACGCCAGAGUUUGACCCAAUGAAUCACCGUUUCGGCAGACACAAGCUUGUGCAAAGUCACGAGCCUUCGGGUCGCACCAACCUGUACAUUGCCGCCCACGCCCAUCACGUUGAGGGCCUUACUCUGGAACAAGGACAGGAGGAACUAGACGAACUCCUCCAGUUUGUUGCGCAGGACAAGUACACUGUCCCCAUUCAGUGGAAGGACAAGGGAGACCUUGUGCUCUGGGACAACACGUCAGUGCUCCACCGUGCAUUGCCUGGAACGUUCGAGGGCAAGUACAAACGCGACCUUCGCCGCACAACUGUUCACGACAUGAGCAGCCAGGCUUGGGGACUGAACGAAGUCGGUGCAACAUGGAGGUCGGGUCUUCCAUAA